GCGCUGGUAGUUGGGCUGUGUCAAGUAUUUCGUGACAUUUUUUUCUCAUUUCAGUCAUUGUUCACACAUAUUUCAAACUUGUUGGACGUUCGACAAAAAGAGCAUGUUUAUAACCCAAAUUUGUUUAACGAUAAACUUAAAAAAGAACACCUGUAUGCUAAAUUGAAUACUGCAGACAAAAUUAUAUACUUUGAUAUUCAAAUGAGUGGUGUAAUUGUUGCCGGUUUAAAUAAACAAGAUUCAUUGUUUUGUUGCUUAUUGUCAAUUUUAUAUCUCAUUAUGUAUAAUGAAAUAGUCCACUUCGUGAUUUUCGUCUGAACAUCCUCUCUAGUGACUUAAGAGCCUCGGAUCGUCGUCGUCGACGUACAAGAAUUAGACGCGACAUGGACUUCAUCAUAUUAAAGGUGAACGGAAAAGAUGUAUCAAAUUCUAGUCACGAAGACGCAGUGCGUUGUUUUCAACUGGCUGAAGAACCAAUCAUUGUUGAAGUCCUGCGUCGACAUCCUAGUCAAGUCGUGCCUGCAAAAGAUGAGGAUAAAUCUACUCAGGACAAAGAGGAGAAAACAAAAAUUAUGACAGCCUCAGCCACUUCAGCCAGUGACGAUUCAACCUUACAUGACGUGACAAAUGAAACUACAAUUUCAUUAGUAUCAACUGCUGUGCAGACAGAUUGGGCAGGUCUAAUUGAAGACGAAGAUUUACUUCCGGAAACUGCUGAGGAACAAAUCAAUGGCAGUUUUGAAGAUUUUCUGGCUCAUGAUAUUGAUUUCGAGGAAGUUACGUUGCGGAAAAGUGGAAGUGCUGAAAAACUUGGAUUAACAGUUUGCUACAGUUCAGCCUCUGGAAGUGAAGAAGCUGAUACCGAAGUGUAUAUAUCAGAAAUAGUCCCUGAGAGUCUUGCAGCCCGAGAUGGUCGACUUCGCGAAGGGGACCAAAUUUUACAGGUGAACGGAAGAGAUGUGGCGAAUAAGGAACAAACUGAAAAUCUUUUUGCUGAAACUAAUAAUGCUGUGACCAUUCUCGUUAGCCGGUGCCUUUAUCAGGAUGAUGACUAUGAGGUCAGGCAAACAUGUCAUGAGGGAUCACAGCCUGUUUCUCCGGAGAAUGUUCCUGCUUAUCAAAACAGUAUGAUUGAGCAACUGAUACGGCACCAGCAGCAGCAACAGGAACAGCAAGAACAGAGCGAGGAAACCAGUGGCAAAGGAACUGCAGGAAAUACUGCAACGUCCAAGGUUCCACCUGUACCCUCGCACACUGAAACGAACAUCUCUUCCACAAGUUCUACUGGCUUGUUACAAAAUUCCCAGAAGUCUAAUAAAAAUACAUCGCCAUCUCACAACGCAGACGAGCGGAAAGGACGACUGAAGGAGACAACAGAUUUUCCGAAGAAAGUAGAAACUCUAAAUGUUCGGCCACAGCAGCCUGGACCGCCGCAAGUUAAGUUAAUAGAGUCAUAUUCGAGUUAUGUUUGGAGUGAUACUGAGCACAUUUACGAGACAAUACCGGAAUCGGAUGUCGAACCUCUCUACUCGUUUCCUUAUGAGCAUCAAAACUGGCAGCAGAGCAAGGUACAAAAUCAGAGUCAAGGAAACCAACUGAAGCCCUGUCACUCGUCCUCGAAAAGUAACAGUUCUGGCGAAGAGAAGGACAGCUCGAGUGCGUACAAUACAGGCGAGUCUUGUCACAGUAAUCCUCUAACUCUGGAACUGCAUCAAGGCGAGAAGGAUCACCACAAGAGUACUUUGGUUCUGUGUGCGUCCAAACAUUCCCAGCAACAGCAGAAGAACAACUGUGUUUGUCCAAAAAAAUCCAACAUUCAGCUUGCCAAAAAGAGUUCGUCUCUGCAUAACCAGCGAGAUCGCGACAAUUCUAGUACGAGUACUCUGCUUGCUGACACAAUGUACACAAAUGUAGCCAAUCUUCAGCAAACUAUGAUUCUUCAGCAGCAACUUUUUAAGCAAGCACUCAGCAGACGAAGUGUUUCGACGAAGGAAACCUCUACAAGAAAGUCCAAGUCCCAGGGCAACUUUCAAGCACCCAGCUUGGCACAGUAUCAGUUCAUUGGCAGCCAGCAGGUUUGUACAGCCAACGCCUGGACACCACCUGAAGACAAAUGUGAUAUUCAAAUGGAGUGGAAAGUCAAGAGGCGAGCAGAUGGAACGCGGUACAUUGCACGAAGACCCAUUCGUAAUCGAAUACUGAAGAACCGAGCGAUCGAAAUUUCCGAAGAGCGAGCCGGUCACACUACCGAAGAUGACACGAUGUCGGAAAUGAAGAUUGGCCGGUACUGGAGUAAAGAGGAUCGCAAGAGGCAAUUGGAACAAGCGCGCGAACGUAAGCAGCGGCAGCAGGAGAUGUUGCUGCAGCAGCAGCAGCACCAGCACCAGCAGCAACCAAUUAUACCAUUAAAUAUAGUGGAGCUCAGUCACCGGAAAAUGGCACGAAAAAAAGUUGCCUUAGAUGACUUUACGACAGUUCAAGAGAUGUUGGUGCACGGAAGCAGAGUGGGAACUGGAGGCCCAGGUGCUGGAGGCAAAUUGAUGGGCCUCUUGUCAGUCACGACUGUCUAGCACACAGAUGCAGUAGUAAUACUCGCUUGCGCCCUUUCAUUGCUUAUAUUUUACUUUUUAACGUAGAGAGACUCGGUAGAAUUGAUCAGUCGCAGAAUUAAACGCCAUUGUUAGGAUAAUGGACCCAUUGAUAAUAACAUGAAAUCAGUAUUAGUUUAUACAUUUAUAUAACUUUUUUAAAAAUUAUUAUUCUUUGGCCUUGCCUCUCUAUUUGUCUGUCGGGCAAAUUCGUCGAUAGAGUGAGCGAGUUAGAUGUAAAUACUUUUCAUAAAUAUGACACUCGUAGAUUUAAAAUAGGUUUUUUAACGUAGCAUAAAAUCAAGAAGAUUAGAGAGGUAUAGAUUGUGUACAUAUGUAUAUGUAUAUUGCAUUUAACAUGUCCCAUAAAAUACUCCAUUCCGAGAGCAAAAGCUAUUUUGUCAUGAAAAAAUAUUCUCAUAUUGCGCAAGACAAAAUUUGAUCUGGCUCUCUCCCCCGCUCUCCCCUUAAAUUUUACAAAUACCACAUUUUUUAUACAUAUAUGUAUUAGAACUCGAGCUUCCAGAGAACAUAUGUGGUGAAUCAAAGAGGUUUAUGUAGUUGAAAAAAAGACUUUUGUAAGUUCCUCUAAAUUCCACCUCAUUAAAUGAGCAGAAGCUUUUUUCCGAGUGCCAACUUCCUUCGAAAAGUCUUGCGUACAUUACGAAUCUCGCGGCGUUUCUUAUUAUUGGCAAAAGAGUUACUGAUUGAUUGUUAUUGAGCCAAGUUUUGCACGAAAGAUAAUGAGUUGAAAUAUUUCUUAGAAGUAGAAUAUAUAUUUUUUGUCGGCAUAAAUAUAAUAUAUAUAGAUAACUCAUACGUGUACAUACCCGUGCCAUAACUUAAUUUCAUGCUCACAUACAGGGUGUAAUUAUUAUUAUUAUUAUUAUUUUUUUUUUAAUCAUUUUCUGCCAAAUACGUAUAAGAAAGCAAGUUUAUUUUUAUUAUCCGUUAUUAAUAAUGACGAAAACGUCGUAAAGAAAAGUGCGUAAUUUUAUGCCUGACCUGUGUUAAGUUCGUAUGGUCAUAGACAGACAGUUUCUUUAAAACAUGAUAAAUAGUGAAAUAUUAUUUGAAAAAUAGAUGAUUAGAAUCUUUUGUAUUGGUAAUCAUGAAGUAACUUUCAUGAAUCGAUGUUCAGGUUUAAAAAAGAAGAUUUAUGAUAUAUAAAAUGUUUAUAUUACUUUUAUAUGAGUGUAUCAAAAAGUGUCAAGCUCAAUUUGAUUUAAAAUAAAGAUUCAGAGACUAUAUAUACGAAUAAAA